AUGACUUCAAGUCCAUCCGAUCACAAUGCUUCUUCCAUACCAGCACCUCCAGCUAAACUCAAGAGAAUCGAUACGCAUGACUUAAAAAGCAAGCUAUCCAAUGCUCUUGGCGCCAAUGGAAAGAGGUAUUGGUCUUGUCUGUUCGAAUUCAUGACUGCAAAGAUUGACAGAACAGAAUUCGAAGAAGAAGCAAUGCUAUGUCUAAAGCCGCAGCAUGUUCAUUUGCACAAUUCACUUGUCCUAGGUUUGCUGUACAAUGCAUCAGCGGAUGUUCCCGGUCCAUCAUCCCGAGGUCGCUUAUUGGACGAAGAUGAUGAUGAUUUGCAAUUACUGCAACCGGCAAAGAAACGUUUACGUUUGCUGACCGCAGGUCUAUCAAGAAAAGAACGUUCUCGCAUCCGCAAUGUGCCCAAACAAUUGACAAAUUCUCAUUCGAUGGGAUCCAACGGAGCUUCUUCGCUUGGUUGGGCAGGUGCAGGUGCGGAUAUGUUGGAAAAGAAACGAAAAGAAGAAGAAAAGAGACGAUCGAUUGAAGAAAAACAAAGAGCAAGAGAAGCAUAUACGGAAAUUGGAUCAAAAGAUUGGAAAAGUACCGCUUUACAAUCACAAGCACAAGUUACACUUGCACAUGAUAGGCUAUCACUCAUUACACAACAGGAGAUCGCACGAGCAAUGGCAAUGCCACUAUGUGUCGAAUCGAAAGAGUUACCGGAUCUGGAAUCUAUGCGUGAUCUCAUGACGUUGUAUUCUGUCGAGAAUGGUCUAACAAGCGGUGCAUCGGCUCAAGCGGCUGCUUUACUCCUAACGUCCCUUCAAUGUCAUCUUCAAAAUGUUAUGGCAAGCAUCAUCACAAAGAUUCGAGCAAAUCGUCAAAUGGGUAUCCGUACAACUGGCAUCCAGCGCUCUGCCGCUUCGACCAGUGCUGCGGAUGAAUUCCAGCUCGUGACGGAUGCAGACAGUGCUCGAUCUGCGGAUGAUUCUUUCGAAACGGUGGCUAGUGAUCCAAACCCUACGCCUAAUCAUCUUCAUGUUGCACGUAAUUUGCUACACGAUAGUUCAAGUAUAUCCAGCAGCUCUAUCUCGCUUGGCAUUGGAUCAGGUGCAGAUUCGAGUAUGAUGUCUUUGGCAAGUACUGCGCCUACCAGUAUUCCGGCAGGUUCAAUUGCUUCUUCAGAAGCUGCAAGCGCAAAUGAACAUGGUGCAAGUAGCAACGGUAGUGCGGCUGCCAAAUCAGCAGGUGCGGAUGGAGAGGAAGAACAGGCCGAUACGAGUAUGUCUGACGGUCAAGAUGCAUUGCAAAGAGGAAAAGAGAACCGUGACCCACGUAAUGCAAACACACUUGAGCUUCGUCAUCUGUCUUUCUUGUUGGAUAUUGCACCUCAUACGAUCAUUGAAUCACUCGGACAAGGAUCGCAAGAACGUUUGCUGGCAGCAGAAUGGAGUCAUUCUGACGAAGAUGCGGAAAGAAGAUUUGAAAGUACGCCUGAAGGAAUGCUGCAAAAGCAAGCCCGAUUGAGUGCAACUGCCAAAUUGAGCGGAAUCUCUCCGGCUGCCAUUGGCCAAAGUGCUACCGGCGGACAAUCUUCCGCCCGUAAUAACUUCAUCAUCGAUCAAUUGGCACCUAUUCGCUUGUUCGACAGGAGAACGUUAGCCGAGAGUAAUGCUACUAAUAGCCAACAAGCCAUCCGAGCUGGUGGAAAGAAGGGCGGUUUGCGUUUGCCAAGCUCAAAGCUUUCGGCUGGUAAAGGUCCAGCUAGCUCAGAAGAUGUUAACAAUGCAAAAGAUCAACCGGAAGCCAGCAAUGCGAUUAACAGUGCCAUCGCGGCAGCCGCAGCAGCUUCUGCCAAUCAUCACCGUGGACAAGACCCGCAUUUGUACGAUGUCGUGGACCCAGUUGCUUUGCUAGCAUCUCUAGUUGCUUAG